AAGUACAUAAACCUUGUGAAGGCUAUCUACUCGAACACUACUAGUCGAGUCAGAGCUUAUGGCGAACUGUCAUCUGCUUUUGCAACCUAAAGUGGUGUCCGUCAAGGCUGUCCACUUUCUCCAUUUUUGUUUAACUUCAUCAUAGAUCUAUUGAUGGGAAUAACAUUCUCGUCGACUGAAUUGUCGAGCAUUGAUCUCCUCACAGGAGGUCCACUUAUCGACUUAGAAUACACAGAUGAUAUAGUCCUGUUUGGUGAAGACGCUGAUAAAAUGCAGAGUCUUUUGUUAGCACUGAGCAACAAUGCCAGAAUGUUUGGAAUGCGUUUCUCUCCCUCUAAAUGCAAGUCGUUGCUUCAGGACUGGUCUGUGUCAACACCUGAACUAAGGAUAGGGAGUGAAGUAGUCGAAGACGUCGACAUCUUCACUUAUCUUGGAAGUCUGAUCAGCCCUAAUGGGUUGGUGUCUGACGAAAUUUCAGCACGGAUUCGAAAAGCUCGUUUGGCUUUUGCCAACUUACCUCACCUAUAGUGAAGGCGAGAUAUCCGUCUAUCAAUAAAAGGACGAGUAUACUGCGCGGCAGUCCGUUCUGUUUUACUUUACGGCAGCGAAACAUGGCCAUUAAGAGUAGAAGACACUCGUAAGCUACUGGUAUUUGACCACAGAUGCCUCAGAAAUAUUGCUGGCGUCUGCUGGGAUCACCGGGUAAGUAAUAGUGAGGUUAGACGCAAAGUAUUAGGGAAUGAUGGUAAUUCAGUUGAUUGGGUUGUAAAUCUUCAUCGAUUGAGAUGGUUGGAAGAAAGUUAGGGGCGGC